UUAUGGAAAGGAGUUGGUGUUUUGAAAUCAAGCAGCACCCUUUUUGACAAAUCCACUAAUCCGAGACCAGUCCGGGACGCAGCUACCUAUACUUGGGCGGGAAGGCAGGCGACAAGUUUAGGUUAAAAAAAGCCCAUAUAUUCAUUGGGUUUGUUUUGGGGAGAGUAAAAUAUCUCGCUUCGCCUCUUCCUCUCUGACUGAGGUGAUUUUACCGGAAAUGUCAGGCCACUCUUUAAUAAUUACGUAAUUUCCUGGAAAGGUGUCCCGGUUUUUGUAGUUCCUGUGGUGUAAACUGUCAUUCCGAGGACUGCAUUAGUUAGCUAGAAAUACUCUGUUGAUAAUCCGUCUAUUAGUCCUCUUUCCCUCGAGCUGGUGGUACAGUUCAAGACAUUGGACUAACAUUUCCUGAGUGUUGGGUGCACUGUUCUAGCUAGUUAGUGAAUUUAGCGUUAACCAACAGCUAGCUUGUUAGCAAGCAACAGAGAGCAAACCAACUUGACAGUAGUUAGCUAUAAAAUAUUUCCCUAGCACACUGCCUAUGAGCUAGAUAGCUUGCAGCAGUAACGUUACCUACUUCUACACGGCAACCCCCAAGCACAGAACAACGCCCUGGGAUGGAAGCCCACAGCUCAAGCCGGUCAAGCCUGUCCAGGAAGAGGAGGAGAGAUGGAUCCAAGGGAGAGGCCGAGGAGGUAGAGCGGCCAGGGAAAGUCCCAAGAUCCACCGUGGGUUUAAAAGAUCCCGCCCUCUUUGCUGAUGAGCUGGAGUCGGCUGAGGACACUCCAUACCUGCGAGUCAGUAUGGAGGAGGCCAAGAGGGGAACUCCAUUUCAUAGGCCGGUGCGGGUGUAUGCAGAUGGGAUCUUUGAUGUGUUCCACUCAGGCCACGCCCGGGCUCUCAUGCAGGCCAAGGGCCUCUUCCCCAACACACACCUCAUUGUGGGCGUGUGUAGUGACGACCUGACGCACAAGUUCAAGGGGUUUACAGUGAUGAACGAGGACGAGCGCUACGAUGCAGUCAGCCACUGCCGCUACGUGGACGAGGUCGUCAGGAACGCGCCCUGGACGCUUACGCCCGAAUUCCUCGCCAAGCACCGAAUCGACUUUGUUGCCCAUGAUGACAUCCCAUAUACAUCAGCAGGCCAGGAUGACGUUUACAAGCACAUCAAGGAGGCGGGCAUGUUUGCGCCCACCCAGAGGACGGAGGGCAUCUCCACCUCGGACAUCAUCACGCGCAUCGUCCGCGACUACGAUGUGUACGUGAGACGCAACCUGCAACGUGGCUACACUGCAAAAGAGCUCAACGUCAGCUUCAUAAAUGAGAAGAAGUACCACCUGCAGGAGCGUGUGGACAAAGUGAAGAGGAAAGUGCGUGACGUGGAGGAGAAGAGUAAAGAGUUUGUGCAGAAGGUGGAGAACAAGAGCAUCGACCUCAUCCAGAAGUGGGAGGAGAAGUCACGGGAGUUCAUCGGCAACUUCCUGCAGAUGUUCGGCCCUGAGGGAGCACUGAAGCACAUGUUGAAGGAGGGCAGGGGCCGGAUGCUGCAGGCCAUCAGCCCGAGACAGAGUCCCAGCAGCAGUCCCACCCGUGAGCGCUCUCCCUCCCCCAUCUUCCGUAUGCCCUUCUUAAACAAGGCCUUGGCCUCAGCCCACCACAGCGCAGCACGGGGAUACCCCAUCAGUGAGGAUGAUGAUGAGUCUGACGAAGGUUAGGGCUCCCAUUUCUCGGUUUGUUAAUCCUGCUCCUCGGUCCAUCGACAGUAUCAGCGUUCAAGCCCCUCCAACCAAUCAUCAGUAUGUCCAAUUAUCUGUACAGCGUUGUCCCGCACUUAAUUUUUUUCAAUUACUGGUGUCCAUUCCAUAUGUAAUGUACCACAUCAGUCAGAAGGGGGUUAAUGCGCAAUUAGUUUGACAGCUAAUGUUGCAUUUCUCACUGAUAGAACAUUUGCUGAUAUUUCGAUGUACGCUUCCUUCCUUAUAACCUUAGUAGGUAGAUUUUUUAUUUUGUUAACCAUGAGUCUAGUGGGGAAUUCCGUUUUCUGUUGUCUGCUAUAUAGGUUGAGGGGUGUUUGGUGCACUGUUACAUUCCUCCACAGAUGAUCUGAGAGUAUGUGAUAUUUAGCAAUAUAGUAACCAUCAGUCCCUUAAUGACUCCCCCUCGGAGUGUUUGUUUGCGUCUGAGUGUGCAUAUGUAUUUGUGUAAACUGCUAGUUUUUGUGUAGGCAUGUCGAUGGCCUCCAUCCAUGGACUGAUCAGGACUCAGCUUGACCUUUUUGCACAUAAUAAUACUAAUAGUUGGUCUCGAUGGUCUGACUCGGUCAGUCUUUGGACAGAGGUUUUCAAAGCAUAGUACCCAGCGUUUGAACUAGAGAUCUUGUUCAGUAGGGCUCAAGAGAACUUGUUUUCAGUAGGUUCUCACUGAACCUGAAAACACUUAUGUGCAUAAUAACGAGACCUCAUUUUAAAAAUGAUUACAUGUAAUACAAUUUUAUCCCUGUUACAUCUCUCCCUCCUGUAUUUGGAGUCACUUGAUUUUGGCUGUUGACCCAUCCCUUGCUAGUCUUUGUCUCUAUGGUGGCAAAGCAGGAGUCUUGGUUUUAUUUCCUAUAUAAUUGAAAUAUGGGAUUUUAAGCAUAUACUGUGUAGACAAUCCAACAUGGUUACAAUAAUAAGGGAUGAUGGGGAAAGGAUAUGAUCCAUCAAUUUACAUUUUACUGGACUGAUUUAUUUGGGAUCUCUGAAUAAAUCCAUUAAAAUGCUGCUUCUCAUUAGGGGCAUGUCUAUAUCUCUUGGUGGCAAAAGUUGUCUGAUAUGUAAGAAGCCAGUACUAACCUUUCUAUCUGUCAGAUACAAAUGUACAUGGCUCUAAGUACAUAGUUUUAACCAUUAUUUUACUGUUUGGCCUGAGUUUGUUUAGCUCCUGAAUGUGCAGGCAUAAGAUACCAGGGAACAUGGAAAUGGAAUUUAAAAAACUUUAACCAUAA